AUGGCGAGAGAGAAGCAAAAGACAAUAACAAUGAAGCCACUUAGCCCGGUGUCCCAGCUAUUCGUUUCGCCUGGUUUCUACUGCGUCAUUGUCUUUACUUUAGGGUUUAAAACUAGAUGCAACCCAUCAGCCAUUGUUGAAGGUAUCAAGAACACAUGGAUCAAGCUCCCUCGCUUCUCUAGCAAAGUGGUUAUGGAUGAUAAGAAAAAUGGAGAAGCGGUUUGGGUCCCUGUUAGUGUUCGAGUAGAAGAUCAUGUCAUUGUUCCCGACCUUGAUCAUUCCAACAUCGAAAAUCCUGAUGAGUUCAUACAAGACUAUACGUCAAACCUAGCUAAUACUCCAAUGGACAUGUCUAGACCUUUAUGGGAAUUUCAUGUACUGAAUAUAAAAACAUCUAAUGCAGAAUCUUUAGGUAUAGGGAAAUUCCAUCAUUCACUGGGUGAUGGGAUGUCUCUUAUGUCUCUUCUAUACGCAAGUUCACGAAAAACAUCAGAUCCCGACGCUCUUCCUACUACUGCGGCUACAAGAAAACAUGUUGACACCAAUGAUAAGGCUUGGUGGUUGUUGGUUGCAAGAUUUUGGUUUAUAAUAAGAGUCAUUAUUACAACUGCUACUGAAAUGUUCAAGUCACUCCUUACAGUAUGUUUUAUGCGGGAUACUAAAACUCCUCUUCUUGGUAAACUUGGAGAUGAAAUUCGACCUAGAAAGAUUAUCCAUCGGAUAGUAAGCUUUGAUGAUGUCAAGUUCGUAAAGAACGCAAUGGAAAUGGAUCUCGCUGAUAUGAUGGCAAAAGGUUCAAAAUGUAGAUGGGGAAACUUCAUGGGUGUUGUUUUAUUUCCUUUAUGGAUAAAAUCUGAGGAUGAUCCGUUGGAGUACGUCCGAAGAGCCAAAGCUACUAUGGAUAUGAAAAAAGUCUCCAUGGAAACACUUCUGUUAUACGGAGUCAUCAAAUUUACCAUGAAAAUAUUUGGGGAAAAGGCAGCAGAAACUAUUGCUAAGAAGAUAUUUGGUCACACAACAUUGACAUUUUCAAAUGUGUUGGGUCCAAACGAAGAAAUAAGUUUUUUUCAGCAUCCGAUAUCUUACGUUGCAGCAAGCGCAUUGGUUGGACCACAAGCUCUAAUCAUCCAUUUUGUAAGCUACGUAAACAAGCUUAUCAUCAAUCUAGCUGUCGACACAGCAGUGAUUCCCGAUCCUCAUCUCCUAUGUGAUGAUUUAAUAGAAUCGCUGGAUCUCAUCAAACUUGCUAUCUUGGAGAAAGGACUUCAUAAAAUGGAGGUCUAA